AUCUCACAGCAGCUCCAUUUACCGGAGCUUUAAUCGGUUUGUACCGGACAGGACGGGGAGGAGGGGGGAGGUUCCGUGACGACGCUCAACUGCACGCGGUCUCCGGUAUUUUUCUACCAACAGGCGUCGCAUCGCCGUGACUCUCUGUCCGUUAGAACCGGGACUCUCUGUUAGAACCGGGACUGUCUCUCCGUUAGAACCGGGACUCUCUCUCCGUUAGAACCGGGACUCUCUGUUAGAACCGGGACUGUCUCUCCGUUAGAACCGAGAUUCUCUCUCUCCGUUAGAACCGGGACUGUCUCUCUCUGUUAGAACGGGGACUGUCUCUCCGUUAGAACCGGGGCUGUCUCUCCGUUAGAACCGGAACUGUCUCUCCGUUAGAACCGGGACUCCCUCUCUGUUAUAACCGGGAAUCUCUCCUUUAGAACCGGGGCUUUUUCUCCGUUAGAACCGGGACUGUCUCUCCGUUAGAACCGGGACUUUGUCUCCGUUAGAACCGGGGCUCUCGGUAUUUUAACCUCACGUCGUGUCUACACCAUCUCCGUUAUCGGAGGGGAGGAUGAUCUGCGGACCUCCGUGAAGCCGGAGGAGCGAGCCGCCGCUCGGGACGUGACUGGACCGGAGGGUCGGUGUCGCCGGUCAGAGGACGAGGUUACCGGACAGCAGGUGGAGGAGCUCCGCAGGUGACACAGACUGAAGCCGUUUACCAGCUGGGAUACUCCCGUCAUGUGCAGGUGGUGAUGUCAUCAUGAUGCUGCCAGUCUCCAGGGUCAAAGGUCAGCCAGUUGGCAUGGUAACCAGCACCACACCCUGGCUGUCCAUCAGCAGUGAUCCCGCCCCUCAGUGGUUGUGGAUGGCCAGCUGGUCAACAGCCACAUACCAGGCCACGCCCCCUCUGGUGUUCUACCCUCCAGCUGUGUGGGUACCUGAACACACACACCUGAUACAGUGGGAACGUCCAGCAGUUGAAAUUGUUCCUCUGGUUCCACCGUUCUACCAGUCUUCACCUCUUCAUCCUUGUCAUCCUCAACCCAAGUUCUCUGAUGGGUGGAUCUCUCCAGAGGAAAUGGGCGUGUUCUUGCGGAGAGACAAACCUCUGCUGCUGACCAAUCAGGUCAUCCCAGGGCCUGGUGGACGAACCUCCAGGUCCCGCCUGCUGCUGUGUCCAUCUCGACGCUCAGAUCGAGUUAGGAGAGAUGCUAUGAAGCCCAGAGAUCCUGAACCAGAGGACUCUUCAUCCUCGUCCAUCUUAUCGGUGUCUCCUGGCCACCUGCCUGUCCUCACUGCUCCUCCUCCAACAGGUGGAGCUUAUUGCGAGGAGGCGGGGCUUCACACACAGAGACACGAGGAGGCGUGGCCAAUCAUCAUACCCAAUCAGCAGCAAAGACAGGUGUGGAUGAAACCAGUGAACAGCCACAACAGAAGACUGUCUCCACCUGUACAGCAGUUUGUAUUUAGACCUGUCUAUCCAUCUCAGCUGUGCACUGACAGGUGGCAUGGCUUACCUUUCCAGGUAAUGAAAGAAGUCCAACCCUCCUUUCUUUCGUCACGGUUUUCUUCCAGAUUCACUCUGGUGGCUGAUUGCAGACACAACAAGCGAGGGAUGGGUGGAAGGAACGUUUCCUAUGGAGGAACGUUACUGCUGAGGACGGAAAGAAAAUCAGACGACAAUAAACAGUGUGUUAGUGUGUCUGUACACAGAGACGAGGAAGACGAGGAAGACGAGGAGGAAGGAAGUGAAGAACGAAGGAAAGACAAGCGGCCUGUCGCCUCUACUCCUGUCCCAGGGUCGCCAUGGUGUGUGGUGUGGACCGGAGAUGACCGGGUGUUCUUCUUCAAUCCCACAAUCCACCUCUCUGUCUGGGAGAGACCAGGGGACCUGAUUGGUCGAGACAUCAGCCGCAUCAUUGAAGACCCACCUCACAAGAGAAAGAAGCUGACACCUGUUGAUAGCAGCUGCCAGUCAUCUGGUCUCCAUGGAGACGAUGAUGAUGAUGACCAUAGACACACUUCCAAGAGGAACAGAAUAGAGGAGUCUAUGUCUCUCGUCCCACAUCCAGGAGAAGUUAAGCUCCUCCCACUGGAGCUUCGGAUCGCUCAUUUUCGGGAGAUGCUGCUGGAGAGAGGGGUGUCUGCGUUCUCCACGUGGGAGAAGGAGCUCCAUAAGAUGGUGUUUGACCCUCGAUACCUGCUGCUCACUUCAGACCAGAGAAAACAGGUGUUUGACCAGUUUGUGAAGAGCAGGGUGAAGGAUGAAUACAAAGAGAAGAGGAGCAAAUUUCAGAAAGCCAGAGAAGAAUUCAAACAGCUGCUGGAAGAGGCGAAGAUCACCAGCAGAUCAACUUUUAAGGAGUUCUGUGCUCGUUACUGUGGCGACCAGCGUUUCAAUGCCCUUAACAGGAAGAAGGAACAGGAACUUCUGUUCACCCAUUACAUCACAUCCUUAAAGAAAAGAGACAAAGAGAACAGAACCAGGCUUAGGAAGAUGAGAUGAGAACAGUUCUGUUGUGAGAACUGAACUGUACAGAGCCAUCUAGAAACCCUGCAGAACUCAUCCAGGAAAUUCCAAAACCUUAAGGAACAUUUAGUAAACCUUUUACAGCGUUCUCUCCCACCAUACUGAGCUGAUCAUACACUGGAUUUCAUUGAUGAAACCUGGUUUCAGACUGUCCUGGCUGUUACAGAAACCAGACUGGGACUGGAAUCACCAGACUGGGAUCCUUGCAUCUCAGUGGUUCUACUGUUUCUGGACUUUGUGUUUGUGUGUUUUAUGGAUUUUCAGGAAAGGACACAGACCAGCACCAUCGGUGUAUUUUCUGUGGUGAGCCGAAGCUAUCUGGGCCUGCUGAACUGGGUCAAAGCUAGGCUGAGUCUUACUGUGAUAUUUGAAGAACUGAAUCAAGAAAAACAGGACUGAACUGGACUCAAACAAAAAUCAGUGCAAAACAGGUAUCUGUUGUGACAAUCUCUAUGGAGUGACCAGGCUAAUCAAUCACACUUAGUACAGCGCCUUCCCUACAAGUUAGUGCUUUAUAGUUUGAGACUAAUGCACAUGAGAAAUUAUAAAAAGUGAAAUAGGUUAAAUCCAAUUAAAACCAAUACCUGCAGGGGCAUCAUGAAACAGAUCAGGGGAAGUCAACACAAUUAAGACAGGAAUAUAACUAAGAAUAAUGGCAUGAUAAUGAGCCACGACACCGUGACUAUUUAGACUGACUUCAGUAAUGUUCAGCUUGUUAUCAGGUAGCAGCAUGUCUGGAUGUAUUAGUCAGAGACCAGAUGGUCAGUCCAGUUGGGUUCUGGACUCUCAGAAACCUUAUAUUGUUGACCUAGCCAGCAGUGCUGAAGGGGGACAGACCAGUAACCAGACUUAAAGUGCACCAGGUCAUUGUUGGCUGCAGUAGAGUCCAGAUCUUCUACAGAUGUCGUGGUACCUGAUACUUCAGUAGACUCAGCUUCUCAGCAGAUCACAGCUGUUGCAGAUUCAUAAUGUUUUGCCCCCUUGAACACACACACACGUGUAUCUGUUCAGUGUAAACCCAGUCACCUGAUUCACCGUCAGGUCCGAUGUGUCUUUUAAAUGAACAUAUCUGUUAACAGGAUGCUGUUGAUGUGACGUAAGUCCUGCUCCUCACCUGUCAGCAUAGUGAGCUGUGAUUGGACAGGUCUUGUGUCCUGAUGUUCUGAUUGGAUGUUUCUUUGUGUCUUGACUUCUCAGUGAAUGGUGUCUAUGUUGAAAAGAUCUUUUUGUUCUGUUUCAUCAUCUGUUGAUCAUGAAGUGUUUGAAAAAUUAAACUGUUUAAACAUG